GCGAUAUCUUGAGCGCGUCUCGCUGUCUUUCAGGACACGAGCUGCGCGUGCCCGGCUCACACGAAAUUUAUCAGCAUGUCGGAUGGAAAGGGAGCUUCAGCCGCUAUGGCAACGAACACGAGAACAAAGACUACAGCUUCCACGGGAAAGAAGAAACAGAAGCAGAUCGACUUCAUUGUUACAACCAGUGAUCCCAACAGUGCAAGCAACCUAGCCAACAAGAAACGCGUACGAUCCGUUGCCGCCCUCAAAUCAUGGCCGGAGCGACGAAAGAAAAUAUUUGAGCAGCUCGAGAAUGCUGGUGGAGGACGAGGAGCUUUCGUGCUAGAUGACCAAGGAGUUGCGAGAAGGAAGUCGAAAACGCCACCUCAGCAUGAUGCUCAAUCGUCCGCAGCGCAGCAAGUCUCGCCGCCAUCUACCGGGUCAGUGGCGAAGAGGCCAAAGUUCUUUGGUCCACCUUUGCCUGAUUCUGCUGCUGCCGCGAAUGCUACGUACGCUUUCAACCCGGAUGCUCCUACUUUUGUGCCGAUCGCGACAUCGACUGCCGGAGAUAUCUCGACUCAGCUUGAUACUGCCUUGGAGAGCAAUGCUGGGAGCAAACCUGGCCAGUCCCUGCAGACCACUUACCAAAACUACUUCACCUCCCUCCUGCCACUACCCGCGCGAGGCUUUGGAACGGUCACUACUUUUGCCGCCGUCCCUACAACUGUCGCCGAUGUAUCGACCAGACGGAAGCGCAUGGCAGAUGGGUCAGAGAAGCCCACGGAGACCGUUAGCGAUAUGACUUUGAUCACACCUCCAGCUUCGCCCCAGGCGGACCCCAGUGCAGGAGUGAUAGAUCCCUUCUACAACUGCCCUGUGACCUACAAGCCUUUGUUCAACCAGAUCUUGCACCAUAUGAUUCAUGUUUAUGCGCCGAGAGGCUGGCCGGCAUUGAAAAUCACGGCCCCACAAGGAAAAAAUUGGGAAUGGUUCAUGACGCAAAAGUCGCUUGAGGAACCGGCGCUGUUUUACGUACGACUGUUGUUCGGCUCUGGAGACAUGAUCCGGCUUGGGCUCUUGAGCGCUGAGAUCAGAUACUGGCUGCGAUCCGAGGCUAUCAAAGCCAUCAAUGAGGCACUAGGAGAUCCUGUCAAGUGCUGUUCAGACGCACUUAUUCUUGCAGUGGGCCGCAUUGCUUUGCACGAGCUCAUGUAUGGAGACAGAGGCGGGUCAAGUUCUGUCCAUCGACGUGCUCAGAGACGCAUGAUCGAUAUGCGAGGUGGUAUGGCGAAGCUUCCAUUCCCGGAGCUGGUCAAACGACUCAUGAGAUGGUCUGAUCGGCUCAUGGCUGUGGGAACUGGUACGCCACGUUUACUUGAGGAUGAUGGACCCAAUACGAAUUUCACUUUGAAGGAGAGUGUCGGAGCCAUUGAAGGCUGGGCGCCUCAUGAGAUACCUGGCGUUCGAAGUAAGAUCAAGAUCAGUGAUUUGGUGAAUGAUGACGAUGAGACUUGAUUGUGGAAACCGGAAUGCAUUCGGGAUUUGAAAAUGA